CACCAAUUGCCCACUCUCCCUAUUCGAGAGAUGUCUGGCUGCCGCUGCUGCCUACCGGCGAAGACGAGGAAAGUCGUCGCAUGAAGCCCGGCCAGAAAAUGCUAGUCGAACUCACACGGUGCCAGACUAUCGCGGGGACUAGCCACGGCCGACAUGCAGCGGUCACAGCCAGGCUGAUCAGCGCGAUCGAAUUCUGCAUCGCGUCUACAGAGUAGCAUAAAAAAAACAAUUGUAGGAGUAGAAACGUAGGUCAAGACCUAGGGACAACGGAAGUGAGAGGCAGAUAGGUUACAAUUUUAAGAGUCGUUCGUCGUUCGAAUAAUCGAGAGAGGGAGAGAAGUCGAAGCGGUAACAGUGUGUGGGAAUCAGUUGGAAUCGAUUGGCGUCGUUGUCGUCGUCAUCACCCGCGACGUGAGUAGUUUAAUCACCGUUAGGACACAGUUAACAGACGAUGUGAUUGUGGGUACCGGCCGCCGUAUCAUUGGGUCACACUCAUCACGCCGGUGUUGCGCUUUGUUCAUCAUUCGUAUUGGAGACAUUCGGCGUCGGUGACCACUGGUGGAAGUGCCUGGAGCACGACGGCUCGUGCAUACUAACCGGUGCCGCUACAGAACUCUCGUGAAAGAGCGUUCGGACCGCGGACCUCCGGACCGCCGCGUCGAGGACGUGGUUCGACGGCAAACGGCAGCAGUAGUGCGGUAAUAGUGAGACAUAUCCAUAUUCACAAAGACACACCUCCCGUGGCCUCUGUGUGAUCUAAGUAGACAUCGUUCGUCAGCCAUCCGUUAAGGAACCCAUAUUCCUUAUUAAGUUCCUGCAGUUAUCUACUACUAUGUGCUAGGGUGCAAGUGUCGUUCGCGCGCGAUCUGUUUAUCCAUGCAUUGAUACAUGCUUAAAUCAACUAGUAUAAGGGCGUGUUGUACAACAUAAGUGACAUAAUUAUCGAUUCAAUUACAAAAACAAUAACAACGGCAGCUACAGCCACAGCAAUAACAGCAAUGAUCCCGGAGACAAGCAUCAUGCAGCACGCAACGCGUCCUGCGAACCUAGACCUGGAAACGGCAAUUCCGCGCACCCGGCCAUUGAUGACCUCAACAGAUCUUUCACUGACGAUUGAUGCAUACAAUCCUGACUUGACUAGACGAGUAACGGACGGUGGUGACAUGGCUGAUUACGUAUCCGGCGGGGUAGCAGAUAUUCAACACAAGAUAUGCCGCACAACAGCUGUCACUAAUUCAGAUACAGAGAGCGGUGAGCUAAUUCGCGAGCCGCGUCUCGUCAUCGGCGUCAAAUUUAUCGCGGAUUUAGCCCGAUGGAGCCAGGAUCAUCAACAUGGUGUUACAAUACUCGGCUCGAUCCUGCUUGACAAACAAGACGAGCAGAUGCCCGGCGAUGAGGUGCGUCGAGCAUUGCUUUGUCAGCUGCCCGAGGCUCCUGUCAGGUUCCUCUUCUUAUCACACGAUGGAUCUCCAAUCAAGAAGCGGCAAGAGUGUUAUGUGACUCUGCGGUGCCUAAUCGCCGAAAACCGAUCUCUACAUCUCGUGAGACAGUACGAAAAGCAGAAGGUGGGCGUGCGAUCACCACAAGACCGAAAGUUCGGCUACAUCUUUGUAGAGAACAAUCUUAUGCUCAAGCAAGUUCGCAACCUUCUUUGGGAGCAACUACUAAGCGAAUUGCCAAAGGGACAGGACGUGCCCAGUGGACCCCAUUGUUUCGACUUUCUCGACUCGAACGGGUAUCCAAUUGUUGCCAAGCAGGAGGUGCUUUUUACUGUUCUAGAUAUCGUGAACGACUACACCAUCACGAUACACACUGUAACCAGGGGCUCAGACGACCAGGUGGAUUACCGCGCUCGAGCAGAACAGCCCACGGAACUAAAAGAGAUCCCACACCUCACGGUACCCAGACGGCCCAACGCUCUCGAUCUGCCGCGAUCGAUGAAUAGAAAUAAGAAUGGGCUUAUUCACCAGCAGCCCGAGGGAAAAUGGGAAAUCCUUAUUAGCUAUGCUCGUAAGGACACCGAGGAGCACGCAUUGCAGCUGAAGGAAGAGCUCACGAAAAAGAACCUCAAAGUGUUUCUUGAUGUUCACGAAAUUAACGGAGCAGAUGAUUGGGCGGACUCGCUCAACAAUGCCAUUAAGAACUGUAAAUUCUUUGUGCCGCUCGUAUCGCCACUCUACGGGAUUACGAAAUGGACUAACCGUGAGGUAAAGAUGGCAGAUAAACUGGAAAAGAAAAUUCUUCCUGUCUCAUUCGUGGACAAUUGGCCCCCAGAUUGCUUAGCUAUCCAGCUGGCAACUAUCCAGUACAUUCAUGCCUAUCAGGGUCACACAGAUUACCAUGAUGAUGAAGGCUACUCCGAGGACCUGCCCAAGCACGACGAUAUCCCAUGCUCGCCUCUCCACACAGGCACAAAAAAGUGGGACCCGCGACACGUCAAACGAGUGGCCGAUAACAUCUAUAAGAUUUUCAAAGCGGAGUGCGACAAGGAACGCAAAAACAAUAUGCGCAAAUCUGUUAAACGGAUUAGCAGUAUGAAGCCUACCUCAAACCGGACAUCGUGGAUGCUGCAGACGCCAGUCGAGGAGUUCGCCUCUUUUCCGACCGUUAUCGAGGACAAAGAAUAUCAGGAAGCAGUGCUAAAUGAGAAAUCGAUCUCGAGCAAAAAAUGGAACAAGACAUCGACGGAAAAAAUCGACGUCGUCAUUUCGGCGCAUCCGCGCGAUAAACAAACGGCGGAUUAUGUGAUGAAGAUUUUAAAAUCACGAAAUCAUUCGGUGUGGUCAACGACCGAUAUGGACAACGAUCUCAGUAAGACCGGAGUGGUGACCAGCCCCACAGGAGAUGUAAGCUCAGGCUUAUCAAAUCCAGCGUUCAGUCCGUCGCAACGGAACCUCGUCGAGAUCCCUGAAACACCGGGCCAGACCGGCGACAACAAUGCCUCUUCUGAAUAUCAUCCACCCACAAAUCGGGUGGGGUCGAUUAGCUGCGAUUUGGCGGGGCACCGCAUCGCUCAGAUUAGCCAUUUUCUAAAAAAGGCCUCUCAAACCACCAUCAUAGUUUUUAUCAUUUCUAGAGAUUUUCUCAAUAGUUCAGUGUCAAUGCAACAGGUCUACUAUUGCCAAAAACGCAAACACACAAUCGUCAUUAAAACCGAGAACUGCAAAGACAUGCCGUGUCGGUGGGAUUCUCUCAUGGGUGCGGAGUGUAUCGACAUAAAGCGAUCCGACUUCAAAUCAGUCCUGGAGGAACGGGUUAAGAACGAGCUCAAAAAACCUGACCCAUCUAGUGACAACGAAACCGAAGAGAAAAACAUUUGCGAACGAUGGGAGUUCGAACUCAAAAAGAUGCCCUCGCAUGAUGGCUGCGUAUACAUUUCAGGCUCGACCAAGGACAUCGAUGACAGGACAGCAUCAAUAUGCGAUGAAGUUGGCAAGAAGCUAGCGCAGGUGAGUUCGAUCACGUUACUCACCGGGGGGUUCAACGGGGUCCCACAACUCGUGGCCCGAUCAUUCGUUGAAGCACGCAAAGGGAGCAAGACAGACUCCGUAUACCAUCUACUGCCGAAAAAGGAUAGCUCUAGAUUCCAGGACGAUGCGCCUCAAAGCAGCGACGGCACGUUCCGUGAUGCCGAGUUGGGCAAGACGGUCUACAUCGGAGAUUCUAUUAAGGAGCGCGAGUUAAUCGUCGGCCGAACGUUCAGCAUAUGCAUCCUCAUUGGAGGGGACGCGCGAGCCGCUCACGAGGCCGAACAGUUCCUAUGGAAUGAUCACUUCGUGAUUCCCAUCAUAUCGACCGGGGGGGCCGCAGGAGGAGACCACAAUUUAGACGCAAAAAUACUGCAGAGUCCGCACUGCGUCCAUGAAGACAAAUGGAACGUCCUAAAAGACCCCUCCGUGGAUCCCGAAGUACUGGCCAAUGUUGUCAUUGAGAUCUGGGAUCGCCUUCACACACAGAUGAUCGCGAUUGGUCGGCGACCAGUCCGUCUGUUACGGCACCGACCACUACCGGUCAAGAAGCGACGACGCUCGCGCCCAGCCGAACCGGAUAUCGCCGAGGGCAGCGUGGAAUCACCGGUGCCCUUCAUGAUUCCGGCUGACGAGGACGGAAUCACGUCGCAUGAUGGCUCGUAUCGACCCACCGGCCCUAUUCGUAUAAAGUGGAUGCGCGCUUUAAACUUAUUCAAUCGUUUUACGACACAUUUAUAGCGAUUCGUAGCCCGCUUACCGACGCUAGUGACAAGUUGUCGACGCUGUCAAUAAUUGCGAGGCAAGCGGCGCAGGCUGAUCUGACAACCAUGGCAACCUCCUCGGCCUCCUUGUAAAUGAGGCCGUUGGAAGGACGGACUUUGAUAACAGAUAAAGUAGAAUGAUCGUGUAGUUAGCAUGUUAACACGUCAAGGCCAUAGGGGUUCUUCAAGAUUCGCUUGUGGGGUUCACCAUUGGGGCAGGGUUUUCGUAACAUACGGUUCUGCUUAUGUAGGAAAUGAAGCCGUUUACGUUAAAAAAAGCUCCUCUUCCAAGAAAACGAAGAGGCUAAGGGCGAUUCGUUGUCACUCGUCCAUCCCUUUUUUCGCUUAUGUUAAUAGACGGUUGUGUAGUCGCGGAGAUCUCAGAGAAGUGGUCACAAAAAGGAAACUCAGCAAAGUAGACAAAACUAUGUUUACCAAUGAUGACACAAACAACCAGGUCGACAAUAUUGUUAUUGCUGUUAGAGUUAGCAAAAUGACUUCCGUUUAGUUCAUUAACCGAACAAACAUGUAAUUUAUUUCUAGUAAAAAAAAAA